AUGUCCAACCACUCAGCUACAGCCCUCACGGCGUCUGACCUCAAUGAAGAAGACAUUCAGGUACAUCUGGAGAACCUCGCUGAGGGCGAGGUGUACGUAGAGCGCCACCCGUCUUCUGAACGAGUAGCUCAGGUCUUCAGAUCCUUGGAAGACGUCUCCCAGACUAGGUCAUUGCGCGCCCUCUUGACCCCUUCAAGCUUCAAGACUCGAUUGAAAUUUGAACGGACAGAGCUGUUCGUUCGCGCUGAUGCUAUGGAUCCUGACAUCAACGCCCGUCAACGCGCGGACACGACGACACCGUCUCAUCUCAUGGAGGUAAGCUUCGCGACGCCAAGCUCUCGCCAUUGCAUUUGCGGGACUUAA